UUAAAGUGGCAACACACGCAUCGCGUAAGAGUGCAGUCCAGCUUUUCUGGUGAAAAUUAGCGUAUUUGUCAUCCAAAAAGUGCUGCAAAUAAUCCAUUCACGAUGGCUUCAAGUGAUCAGCAAACGCAGGCCACCACCGGGCAGCCGCAUCUGCAGAAACAGGACCUUUCGCAGCUGGAUAUCACCAAGUUGACUCCCCUUUCGCCGGAGGUUAUCUCGCGCCAGGCAACUAUCAACAUCGGCACCAUCGGCCAUGUAGCGCACGGAAAAUCCACCGUGGUCAAGGCUAUCUCCGGAGUGCAGACUGUUCGUUUUAAGAACGAACUGGAGCGCAACAUCACCAUCAAGCUGGGCUACGCGAAUGCCAAGAUCUACAAGUGCGACAACCCCAAGUGCUUGCGCCCGACAUGCUACACCUCGGGUGGUUCCAAUAAGGACGACAGCUUUCCCUGCUACCGACCUGCCUGUACCGGUCGGUUUCAGCUGGUUCGUCACGUCAGUUUUGUCGAUUGUCCCGGUCACGACAUUCUGAUGGCUACCAUGUUGAACGGUGCCGCCGUUAUGGAUGCAGCCUUGCUGCUGAUUGCUGGCAACGAAUCGUGCCCGCAGCCUCAAACAUCGGAGCAUUUGGCCGCUAUCGAGAUUAUGAAGCUGAAGCAUAUAAUCAUUCUGCAGAAUAAGAUCGAUCUGGUCAAGGAUACGCAAGCGAAGGAGCAACACGAACAGAUCGUAAAGUUCGUCCAAGGGACGGUCGCAGAAGGAGCUCCGAUUAUUCCUAUUUCGGCACAACUGAAAUAUAACAUUGAGGUGCUGUGUGAAUACAUUACCAAGAAGAUUCCGAUUCCUCCGAGAAAUUUCACAUCUGCACCAAGAUUGAUCGUUAUUCGAUCGUUCGAUGUUAACAAACCGGGUUGCGAAGUUAAGGAUUUGAAGGGUGGUGUUGCUGGUGGUUCAAUUUUGCGUGGUGUUCUGACUGUUGGCCAAGAAAUCGAGGUGCGACCAGGUCUGGUUAGCAAGGAUUCGGAUGGCAAACUCACCUGCCAGCCAAUCUUUUCGAAGAUUGUUUCUCUGUAUGCAGAACAAAACGAUCUGCAAUUCGCCGUGCCCGGUGGUCUGAUCGGAGUGGGUACAAAAAUUGAACCAACUCUAUGCCGUGCCGAUCGUUUGGUCGGUCAAGUGUUGGGAGCUGUCGGUGCCCUGCCCAAGAUUUUCGUCGAGCUGGAAGUGUCUUACUAUUUGUUGAAGCGACUGCUCGGUGUUCGUACCGAGGGCGACAAAAAGGGUGCCAAGGUGCAGAAGCUUACCAGGAACGAGAUGCUGCUGGUCAACAUCGGUUCACUCAGCACCGGAGGACGUGUAGUGGCCUCGAAGGCUGAUUUGGCUAAAAUUGCACUGACCAACCCGGUGUGUACGGAGAAAGAUGAAAAGAUCGCACUCAGCAGACGUGUCGAGAAACAUUGGCGUUUAAUCGGAUGGGGACAAAUUCGUGGAGGUACUACUAUUGAUCCGUUGAAAAAGUAAGAAAUAUCAGGUGUAUCAGGCAAUAAAUAAUAAACGAAGCGAGAACUAAAUAAAGCUGAAACACGAAUAUCUAACAAGUUAAACGAGACACACCGGUCCCCGCUGUAGCAGUUAUUUAAUCAACCAAUUUGACUCCGGUCACGGUAAGAAGAGCAGCAGUUAAUUCAGAUAAAUUAGUAGAUUCAGGGUUGCAUGAGUGGAUAUCUUGUUUUGGGUUUUAUCAACCUAUCGACAGAGAAUGUGCGUUCUGUAUAAUCCAAGAAUUGAUUUAUACAACUAUU